AAUAUUUUAGAAGGGAGAGGGAGGGGAUUUCUGGGUUUUUUUUUCCCCUUAUAAAUGGUUAUCGUCCCCAAUCCCGGUUGGUUUUUCUUAACUGGGUCCUCUUCUUUCAUCAUUAAGCAGAAAGCCAGAAACUUGAUUCGACAAGUCUAACUACGCUUAUCUAAUGCUUUUCUUCUUGAUAUCCUGCCUUUCUGUCUUCCUUCUUUCCAAAUCUCUUUCUCUCAAACCUCUCGCACCAUGGGCGAGUGAGAUGAGAUUGCUCUCGCUCUGGUUCUGGAAGGAAUUAUUCUCUUUUCAUGUGUCCUGGUUGAGGAAAAGUAAGCUUUCUGAUGGUUUAUUUGAAAUUCCAGCAAGGAUGUCUUUAAAGAAGAGUACUAGUUUGCAAGUAGAGAAUGUUGAGGAAACAGAGAAGAUGUGUGUAUUGGAUUUGCCUGAAUUGGCAUUGGAAUGCAUUCUUGGGAGGCUUCCCCCAUCUGGGUUGCGUAACAUGGCUGGAGUUUGCAUCUCUUUGAGGGACAGAUGCAGGAGUGACCACCUUUGGGAGAGACAUAUGAAGGAGAAAUGGGGUAGAGUAAUCGGCCGUGCUGCUCACCGCGAGUGGCAGUGGCAUAUUGCUUCCAGAAAGGAUUUGGGCGUGUUGAAUAGAACCAAGCAGAAAGGUUUCGUCAGGUCUCUGUCUUCUUUUUGGCCUCUUCCCUGGAUUAGGUCGAAGCUCGACAACAGUAACAAGCCAAGAAGUUCUUUGCCUGUUGACUCGGUUAUGUCUUGGUACCUUGCUCUCGAGAGUGGCAAGUUCUGGUUCCCUGCUCAGGUCUACAACCGCGAGCAUGGGCAUGUUGGUUUUAUGCUGUCAUGUUACGAUGCAGAGCUUAGCUAUGAUAGCCGCACAGACACAUUUCAAGCAAGAUACCCACCACAUGGCCGGAGGACAGUUGUGAUUGAAGAUGGUGUGCAGUGGGAUAGGUUAAGAGCACCACCUGUUGAUACUCGUCCACAUGAUCUUCAUGUUUCUGACUGUUUGCAUGAUUUACAUCCUGGUGAUCAUAUUGAGAUUCAGUGGAGAAGGAAUAAGGAGUUCCCAUAUGGUUGGUGGUAUGGUGUGGUAGGUCACCUGGAAUCCUGUGAUGGGAAUGAGAAUCACUGCCAUUGUUAUUACAGUGAUAUUGUCAUUCUGGAGUUCAACCAGUACGCACCUGGAUCACGGUGGAGGCAAGCAGCCAUAAGCAGGAAGGAUCAUCGAGAAGAAGGCAAUGAAGCAGAUGGGUUUUAUGGAGGAAUCAGGAAAAUUUACUGUGAGGAGGAGAUCUCAACAUGGAAGCGGCUCUGGCCAACAGAGGUCUUGGAAUAGUGAACAUAGAUAGUAUGUUUCCAACUCUAUGUAAGAGGAUCAUUGGUUCAAUAGAGAAAAUAGAGAUUAUGAAUCACUAAGGAGGUUCUUAGGGGUUGAAGUUAGGCUUCUGAUUUAGUUGGGUGGCUGUGGAGGCCAUAUUUUUUAUUUUUUUUCUGGCCGGCAGAAAUUUACAGCUGUUAGAUGUGACUCCGGUCCAUGCAAAAGUGCCCCUAUUUUCUUGAUUUGAGAAUAAUAUAUAUUGUACCAUAUUUACCACGGUAUAUAAAGCUCACCUAUUUUUUAUU